AUGGAAUGGCAGAUAAUUUGUUCAAAUGCAACAGUGUUGACGAUCAUUGUGUUGGGCUUGAUAAAGAAUUCCGAAUCCGUAACGUUCCUUUCAGAUAAUGUGAAAAUUACUAAAUGUUGUCCACAAGGCAACGAAUUGAUUGUGGUAACUGACAAGAGUGGACAGAAAAGCGACGAUUUCCAAUGUAGUGGAACUGGACAGGGUGGUGAAGUGAAUCAAACAUUUUUCGGUUACAAUUUAGAAAUUAAAGAUAAGAGUCAGAUACCGUCUUGCCAUGAUGUUUUAUUGUUCGAUAUAGAUGUGGACGGAGAGGCUAUUUCAAGUGGAUUCUCAUACGACAUAAUUAAUCGCGAAUGUGUGAAAAGUCUGGAUGUGUCCGAAGACUUCCAUAAACUGUUUAGCAAAGCCAUUGGUAUUUUUCAAACAAAGGUACCGAACUGUGAAUCAAACGAAAUAUUCGUUGAAUAUGAAACCGACAUCCACAACACCAAGUUAAUGAAAAAUGGACUAAAAUUGUCUGCCAUCGAAUCGGAGAUUUUAAAAUCCGAAAAGUUUUGCAUCGAUGGGAUCGUUAAUUCGAAAUGGAAUAAAACAAUGGCUAGACGUGACAACGGAAUAAUAGUUCGGACAUGUCGACCAAAGGUUCUUUGUGCAGGAAUGCCAUGUGUACGGCGUUGUUGCAGUAACGAGAUGAUGAUGCAGCGGUUGAAUGGUUCUAUAAAAUGUGUCCCAUAUGCAAGAAAUAUUAAACCGACAUUCUAUGACAUCGGAUCACCGACUAAUGGAUCAAGCGGCUAUUUGGUCGUGGAACCUACAGUUUAUGGGCUAAUAAACACUCAAACGUGCAACAAAUACAAAUUGAGCAAUGAUCCGGAUGACGCUCAUUACAUUAGCCAUGUUGAUGGCUCCGUGCACGUUAGAAAUUAUGAGAAGCCAUUUUCGUUUGAUGAAUACUGUGUGGAGUUUUUAGACAUUGGAACUGUUGAUCUUUUAAAUUUACAUGGAAAAACUCUUGUUUGCCAUUUAAGUAGUUUGUUAUCAGCUUACGUAUCACUGGCUAUUGUUCAAUUUCAUUCAGACCAAAAGUUGGAACAUUGUUUCUUUGUAGCGUAUUUGAUAUUCUUCUCCUUUCUGGCAGCUUUUUGCUGGCAGAGUAUAAUGUGCUUUGAUAUGUGGAGGACGUUCGGGACAAUCCGUACAAUUCGCCUAAUGAAACGAACAAAGGAAAUGCGCACGUUUCUCUUAUACUCCCUACAUGGAUGGGGACUUCCAACCAUAUUGACACUUUCUGCAAUUUUCGUGGAUUACUUUCAUUUGCUACCUGACAGUUGGAGCCCUCAAAUGGGAUCGAAAAAUAUGUGUUGGUUUGCACGCGAAAAUUGGCGCGGUUAUUUCGUAUUUUUCUUUUUUCCAAUUGCGCUACACAUUCUUACCAACGUCAUUCUGUUCAUCCUUACUGCCAUUCAUUGCAACAAAAUAAAGAGCGAAAUCAAUAGCAUGCAAUGCGCAAAUGACAAUGAAUUACCCGAUGGGAAAAGGAAAUUUCUGGCCGACAAAGCAAAGUAUACGAUGAAUUUAAAAUUGUUUGUGGUUAUGGGGGGAACGUGGUCAAUGAAAAUCUUAGCAACGCUGCUGCAAUGGUCGGAACUAUAUUGUGGUAUGUCUCGGACUUCUUAAACUUCUUCCAGGGUGUUUUCAUUUUCAUUAUCUUUGUCUGUAAAUGCAAUGUCUUGGAGGCGAUAAAGCAA